AAAAUCGGCACUAUAUAAAGAAAGACCAUCUCCUCAGUUGUCCAUCAAUCCUCGUCAAUCAACAAACCAUGGAGCACUCGAUUAUUGUAGUCUUUGUGCCUUUGAUGGCCUACGUUUUGUUGACCUCUGCUCAGCUACCGACCGGCUUGAACAAAGGUAAUCCUUCCUCAGUAGAGGAGGAGGCCCAACCCCAGACGAUCUCGGAAAUCAUUCAAAUCAUGAGCAAUCAGAGGCAGUUUUCUGUCCAAGACGUUCAGACAGCAUUAAACACGUUAGGAUCUCUCUGGAAAACAUUCGUGGGGGCGAUGUUGGACGCGAAAGUUGAUUUGGCUCGGGCGCACACCGAGAUUGGAAUCAUCAAAAAGCAGUUGGCCAAUGUUACAACUACAGUUCAAAAUUUGAAAAAACAGAUCAAUGGCACGACAAACAAUUCUCCAUAAAAAUUAACUCGCGUUAUUCUUAAUUUUUGAUUUAUUUGGCUAGUGGCUGUCGCUCCUAGCAUCGGUCGAAUGUUGACUACCUAGUUGGAACUUUUCAUUACAUCGCACAUACAGGUGCAAUUGUGUAAUUUCUGUUAAAUCUUCUGGUUGGAAAUAAAAAAACAGGUUGAGCAAUACUGAAGAGGUCUAGGUAAA